UAAAACCUGAGCGUUUCAUUUACCGAAAUAUUUAACAGUUUUGUACGAAACAGGACGAAACGAUUACGAGGUGUAAACGUGAAAUUUAAGCGAUCGGCAUCGGUGACUCAAACCUAAUAACGUAAAAUAAGUAUUGUUCGUUAAGUACGAUUAAACAAACUGCUGGUUGCAGCUGCGGCGAAGCGCAACUAUUUGAACAACGGGUUUCGUCUGGCAAAAAGAAGACGCGGACGUCGCAGUUCGUAUUUGAAAAUGACAAUGAAGCGUUCGUACGGCGAGCCUCUUUGCCGUUUUAUUGGCCACCCGAUGUAAUGGGCAACAUCAGUCUGUUCGUGCCAGCAGCGCGAUGUCAAUGACUUGAACGGAGGAGCCUUGACCGCGAACUUCUCUCACCUCUUGAGAGAUCCUGUACAAAUUACACUUAACCGUCUGCUCGUCUCGGACUUGCUCCGUGAGAUCUUCAAAGAUACCGCCGCGCUUCGUAAGCGCGCCCGGUAAAAAUCCGGUGAAUUAUUUGGCCGCUCGUUGGAUUACGAUUAACGAGCGUUCAUCUGGCAAACUUAUCCUCGUAACUUUAUCGGUCGAGAGUCGCGUUUGAAACGGAUCCAUUCCGAGUUUAUUCAAAUUUUCUCGAUUCAGCCGCGGCUUUCCGGAUCGCGAUAUUUCUGGGUUAGGAACGCCGGAUAGAUCGUAGGGGAGCGGACGCGAAGAAAAAUUCGCGGGCCGUUCUUGCAAUCGUAAAACGAAAUCCUCGGGUACCUUGUAAACCCUCGUUUCUUCGCGGUCGUCUUCCACGUAUCACGCGUUUCUUCCGUGAACUUUACCAGCCGCUCGGUCCGUUCGGCUCUAUCGUUCGUUUCAUCUCUUCGCGUCUCGCGGCGUUUUCUCCGAGGUUAUCUUUGGAUUCGAUCAUGUGAACCCUUUUUUCCCUGCCGCCAUCUUUCUCUCGCGAGGUCUGGACCCGACAGGAAACCUAUUUCCGUGGAUGCGGAAACUCCGAAAAUUCGUAAACGAUACACGCGUGUAAACUUCGAUGUGUCCCAUUUCACUUGGUCGCGUGUUUUACAAAAUUACUAUCGAAGUAAGAAUAUAGCGAAUUACUGAAAGAUAUUGAAAAAUCAUUCAUUUUUAUAGUUUUCCUUGGAAAUAAAUAUUUAACGGGACAAUUACGUUUGAUUACUGCCGAAUCGUAACUAAUUUAUAAAUAUUCGACUAGCGAUAUAUUCGAUCCGCGAUGUGUUAAAUAAUAAAGCGGUCCAUCGGUAACGGCACGAUCCGAGGGAGUGAGAAACCACCCUGCGAAGAAGACGCGUAUCGCAGAGUUUUCUCGAAAAUAACGAAGCGGUCACCCGAGAAACUCCACAUAGCGCGAGAUAUGCGAGUUACCGCGAGUGCUAAAUUUGUCGCGAUGUAUCGGCUUUUAAACGUGCAAAUUACCCCGAUGCACUUUCGUGUAGCUCCCGCGGUUAUCUCGUGUGUCCCUCACGCGUAUCAGUGGGCCGGUUUUAAGGUUGCACGCGCGACCGGCAACAGGAGCACGGCGACAGGAGCAUGCGAGUAUCUUUAUAGCGUCAGCGAUAGCGAACGACCGAGUGACAUUCGUUCUGGAUCGUGGCUGGCCGAAGGGCUAACCGCGCAUUAGAAUACUCGUGACCAGUCCCGAUUUGCAUUCCUUCGCGAAGCCAAGGCCUCGACAGAGCCGCCGUUUUUUACGAAUACCCGGGAAAGAGGGCGAGCGGAAUUCACUCGCCGACUCCUCUGCGCCCUGGAACGACCGUUUCUUCUAGCCGGGAGCAGCCCUUGCGAUCGAUUCCUUGGAGAACGUAAACGCCGGCUUUUUACUAUAUAUGUAAUACCAUCCACCGCGAAUUUCAUUUUCGCGAGUGGAACGGAGUGUGAUCUAAUAUUAAAUAAUAAUACUUUGAUGAUUUUUGUUACUCUUUCAAACUGAAUCAUCGCUACCAAAAAAAAAAAAUGUCUCGCAUCUGUUAAUGGUAUCAUCAAAAAGUUCUAUUUAAUUUCUAUUUAAUUCCGUUUAAAAUUUCUAUAAUAAAUAAAUGUUUCUCGUCGGCAAACAAAAAUUUUGAUUACCUUUCGGUCCCGCUAAUAAAAGAUUACCGAAUAGUAACGGUGUUCUUUGAUCCGGAAACGCUAAACUCCAAGGACGAGCGACUAGAAAAUCGCCACGCGAUUAUCCGUGGACGUACCGGGCGAUUUUAUGCCGACGUCAUUCGUGUUCCGUCAUCGAAAACCAAUUUACCUCGACCGUGACCGCUUUCGAGCACGCGUAGCGAAAUAUCUCUUCCUCGCGCUUUACCCACGGCCAAGAGACCACCAAUCGAAUAAAUCCUGAGAUUUCAUUUGAGAUUUCCGUUGCCAAACGAAUGGUCCCAGCGCGAGCCGGGAAUAGAUUUCGCGCCUAUCCGGAACGAGAUUUAAUUUAGAGGCCCGACCGUCUGGGCCGUACUGUGGGCAUAGUUCCACGGAGUGGAAUUCUUCUGGGUAACCCCGUGCAAUACCGAGAAACUAUAUAAUGCGAGGCAAAGAGAAGAACGGUCGAAGCGGAAUCGUGGCCUGAAAUAAAAUUGAAAAAACGAGGCGAGGAUCUAACGAAGCGAACAUUCGACGAGCUGUCUCUGACGUGGGCUAAAUUGAUAGUUCCUAGUAGUCGAAACGCUCCACAGAAAUCCGCGAGACGAGAGUUUUCGUUGGUAGAGGGUUUACCUAAUAUUAAACGAGGGUGAUCAAAACUAGCUAUCAAAAUUUUGAAACUUUGUACUUUUAUUUAGUUCUCGAUGCUGAAUUCGAUGGUGUAAACAAACUAAUCCUUAAACAAUUCUUCUUUGCAAUAAAAAAGAAAAUGAUUCCAAAAGAAAGAAAGGAUCCAGGAAUGCAAAGAAAAAUUUUUUCGACAUUUUUUGGUUUACAAACACUACAUAAAGGUUCAAACUUGCAAAAUGUUGUCUCGAUAAAUACCGGUAGCUAGUUUUUGUCGCGGCGCCCUCCCGUAAAACCUUAAAACGUCGAAGGCUACUUUGGGAAAGCCUCGAUAAUAUUCUAAGGACGGCAGGAGUCUCGUUUCGACCCUGUAACCGCAAAGCAGCGCAUCGGAGGUUCACGGUUUCAGGUUCUAGGUCACUCCGUCGCACGGCCCGGGGGCGCGUAACAGAGGCAAAGAACAGGGGGCCCAAGUAAAAUGGUGGGCACAGCCCGAGGCGCAUUUAAUGACCGUACGCGGGGCUACGGCUGUUAUUAUCAUCCAUUUCUGCAUUCUAUCGGCGAUCGCAUGUGUACCGCGGCCGCGUCGUUGCGUUCCAUGCUUUCGUCGAAGGGAACGAGAGGAGGUCGCGAUGCGUCCUCUUCUCGGGACCACCUCUUUGGCGAGCACGCCGGAGAUCGCGUGUCUCCCCGCGUCGGUUUUCGCUCUUUCCUGCAGCGAUUCGCGGGGCUGUAUAAUCGCAUUAAAUCCCGAGAGAUGGGCACUGUCUAAAUAUAUGGACGGGGCACAGCGUGCCGCAUAACGAGGCGUGGGUACGUAAUCGAUGCGCCGCGUCUCGAACAAACUCGGCUUUGCUGAUGCGGCUGUGUUCUCAACCCUUUCUCGCACGAUGGAUCGAGCUUUGCAGCCGGUGUUCUUUUACCCCGUUCACGCCGGCGUGUACCACCGGUGGCUCACACUCGCGUAUUAUCGGACGGCGUGUACCGCCGCGCCGCCCGAUGGCGAGAAUCACAAAUAGCAGCGCCGGCGCGAACGCGUUGAUAACAGGAUAAACAGGUCGCGAGGAACCAACAGAGUUCGGGACGUUCUAUAAACAAUUGGCAUAGGCAAGUUGUUUGGUAUCCACGAGUCGUAGGAUCGGAGAGAAACGUAUCGAAGAACAGCGCUUCGACAUCGAGGCUAUCGAGAAAGGCAGAACGAUGAGGAUCACUGUCUCCUAGAAGUAUCAAAAUGGAAGGAGUCGACGGCGCCGAAGCCUUCGGGGCAGUACGGCUCCUCCGAUCGUCUCGAACGCCGAGGCUAUUCGCGGGCUAAAACCGAGGAGUUUGUUCCGUGGCCAGGGAACGAACGAGAAAGAGAACCUGGGAGAAAAAGUGACGGAAAGCAACGCGCAGAAGAACAGAGGGCCCUCUUCCCCAGGGAGUAGGGAGAAAGAUAGAACGAACAGGGGGCCUUACAUAGCGAUUGCUGGCAGGGCCUGAAAUAGACCUCGAGAAUCCUUCUGUAGCAUCCUCUCUACUCUUCCUUUACCUGCUUCUACCAACGCUCCUUCUUAUCCUCGAGCUUUCUUCGUCUUCUUCUACUUCUUCUUCUUCGUCUCUUCUUCUCUUCUUCUUCUUCAUCCAGCGCCAGCGUUGCCUGCAGCCCCGAGCCUGCCGUUUCUUUGCUUUUGUUUCGACAAAAAAGGACCAAGUCCCUUGACUCGGCUUGUGAGAAGUUGUUCCUAGCGUCCCGUUUGCGCGAAGAAGACCGAGCAAAAAGGUGGAACGAAGACGAGGGAACAGAGGAAGGUGGUGGAGGAUCGCUUGUUUAUCCAGGAUCGAGCUUCUGCUUUCGUUUCACUCGCCGAUAUAUGGCCACGGACAGAGACCCCGUAGGCAUUGCCGGACCCAAGUGCGCACGAGUGUACGCUCUGGCUGCGUUCCCAUGAGAAUGCGUCGCUGAGAAUUCGACCUGCUAAACUGACCUGCGCCAAUGUAACAGCGAAACGUGACCCACGCAACGAGCCACGGGACUCGGGAACAUACUAGAUCCGACCGCGCUCCUGUUCCCUUUCCUUUUUGCUUUUCGACGGUUCGCGAGAGAUAAGCAACCUUGUUUGUUAACGAAACGCACGGUUAUGGUGAAUUCGUACCUGCAAUUCUACCCGCGGUUCCAGUGCGGAACAGGGGAAAGUCGUGAACUUGAAAUACCUAUGGCUGACAACGCGAUAAUGAGCACGACGAUUCGCUGAACGAAAGUAAACGAAAGGAAGUUUAAUUACUAUGCGCGAUAACAAAGAUACGAAAUAAUUAUACGCCAAGUAUCGGUUUCCUGUAACGCGACACGAGCACUUGGUAUGCGUUCGAACCUGUCCCAUUGAGUUAUCGCGAUUGAAAAAAUAGUUGCUAGUACUCGUCUACACGCGUAAGCCGUUACGAGCGAAGAAAUUGACGCGCGUCCUUUGCGAUCGCGACGACACCAGGGACGAGAAUAUCAGAUUCGCCAGGAUUCUUCUCGUCCUUUGGAUCGGUGGAUCCAGCAAUGAUCGCAGGAUAUCGAGUCGAUCGGACGUUAGUCGAAAAAAGAAGAAGAAAGAUCGGCAAAGGAUUUCUUACUCGAGGCAGUACGGUAAAAGUCAUCUUCGAUGCACAAAUUUCUCUGCGAUAAAUGCACAGAAACCAUCUCCACCACUGGAGAGUAUACCCCUUGAGGGAUCCACGAGUUCGAUCGCCGAGUAGAGUAACACGAUCCGGGAUCGGAUAUCUCGGUCAGACAACGCUAAUGCAACGAUAAAACUGUUUUUAUUAUUCCGGUAUUUUCGCUCUGUCCUAUUCUUUAACAUCAGAAAAUAGACGAACUCUAUGAUAAAUGCACCAACCCAGACCCGAGCUAGUGCAUUUAACCCAUUCGAAAUAUUUUUUUUGUACGCAACAAAACCAAUGCCAAAUUUUGUUUUAUCUCGACGACUACUUUACUCGGAAUAACGGUCAUUAUUAAUAUUGCACGCACGGUGUGCAACCGGUCCUAUAGCCUCGGACAUCGAUUGCACGCACUGUGUGCGAUCGGUUUCGAAUGGGUUAAGGAGACUUUACUCUACUCCGAUACUGGUUGCGUAUCGUAACCAAAGCAAGCCGGCGGCGAGUCGCGAGGUUCGUUGGAAGACGAGAAAAGUCAAGACCGCGAGAUGUAUUCCAGGGGCAGGUGAUCACUCGAACGAGAAGACGUGGUCAGAAAUGAAGCCUACCUUGAGAUACGAGCCUUUUUGCGGCCUGCGCCGUCGAUAUGGUCCCAAGAACGGGCCCACGACGAAGACGCUGCAAGAUGGAAUCUCGUGCGGCGUUGAUCGCGGUUGCUACGUUAAGGUGCCAACAUCCACCGAUGCAUUAAGAUGAAAAUCGUUCCUCGGGGAGCCGAGAUUUCAGCUAUCUUCGCGGUAUCGUAACUGGCAUGGUCUAUUACCGGUCUCGCUCGGCAUUGGGAUAAUUAAGCGCCGCGGUUACGAAGCGCCUCGUCGAAUACAGGUGCGCAUUAAAACCGAUAAAAGUUAGCUGGAUACGUUUGAACGAUUGCAAAACAAUUAUACGUUUUUCAGAAGACAAAGAUGCCUCUUUUAAUGGCGGUCGUUCAAUGCCAAUGGCGAAAAAAAACUAAGCGCGGAAAGACCGAGGGAAUAAGAAUAGACGGCGCCAAAGGCUUAACAAGGGAACCGGUUCAAACCCCUGCACGCUCGGCGUACCGACUUUCAGGGGGAUUCCACCGUCACUUCGAUCACCGUGCAAUAUAUCGAGCGCGCGGAUCGUUCCCGUAAUGCUCCUCGAUCACGGCCGUGCAAGCCUCCUCGGGCAAUCAACGCAGCCCGAUGAAAUUUACAACGUUAAAAUUCUAGAGCGAAACGUCUCACCGAAGAAAUUCGAAUAAGACGAAAACAAGCUUUACUGCGAAACGACGACGCACGGUAGCCCUAUCGAAAGAUGGCUCGGUAUCGUUUAAGCCGGCGAUACGCGUUCCUCGGCGACAGCUUGGAACAUUACGUCGUUAAUCGUCGACCGAUGACAUCGUUUCGGAUGGGGAACAGAGAUUUUGAGGGAUGGUAUGCGGAGCUUGGAAACGAAGUCUACCUUGAAACCGGGGUCUUUUUGCGUCAGGCCGUCGAUACAAUUCCAUUGAAGAGAACGAGGACCGUGAAGGAACGCCGCGGCGAAUUCCAUCGACCGCGACGUUCGACGUAAAACAAACCAAACGACACGGCCACGUUAUUAAUAGCUCGCACCGGCACUCCAAAUAGCGCGGAGCACGGAGUUCCAGCAACAAACGAUCUUCGUCCAGUAAACUACAUUCACGUUUCGUUCUUCGCUCUCGAAAUGCGACGCGCAGUCCGAGAUCUCUUCCCGAUUCGACCGAGCGCGAAAGAGCGACUUCGAUCUCGUUCCAGGGGAGUACCCAUGCGUCGAAUUCCUCUUCAUCGCGCGAUUUCACGCCCGUGAAAUACAUCGAAACGAAAGAGGUGACUCGACGUUGCACGCGAUCGACGUAGAAAGCUUUUUUCGACCGUUCGUUCGCUAUUUGAACGGUAUCGAGCAGCGUACAGUCAUCCAGGAAUCUCGACCUCGGUCCAGCGAUUCGCCGAACUUCGAUACCGAUCCUCCGAGCCAAGUUCCUCUGAGCAAAGUUCCUCUGAGCCAAGUUCGCGCGCACGGAGCCGUGUCAACGAACGCACUGUCGCCGUCCUCUCUAACCCUCCGGGCCCUCGGCGUUCCCUUCUGGAACCGUCCUUUUUUUACGACCCCGUCAGCUCGCCGAUUUUUUCGCACGACCAAAGAAGAGGUAAAUUACAUUUCGGAUCGGUUUGUAUCCCCCGUCGGCACGUACUCGCCGUCCCGCUCGCACCCGCGUCCCUUCGCGGGCUCGCUCGUCCUGCUCUAGGUUGGCCAGUGAAUCAUCUUCAACGACCCCCUCCUCCGGGAUCCGGGCAGAAGACUCUUAAGGGGGCCCACGGCGCAGCGCGAGGCCAGUUCGAGAACGCGACCCUAACACUAACAUCCGGUGUAGUCCGAGAGUCGGAAACGGAAACGGCUGCUUUUGAUCGAUUAACCGACACACGGCAACAUGAAAAUCGCUCUGCUGCUGCUGGCCGUCGCGGCCUUCGCCUCAGCUCAAAGAAUCACAACUAUCCAGCUGGACGGCGUGCAGUACUUCGUGUCAAGGAUGAACCCUUACAGCCCUGAACUGAAUUAUUUCCUGGCCUACCAAUAUUGUCGUUCCCUGGGUCUCCAGCUGGCUUCGUUCGAGACGAAAGAAAAAGCCGACACGAUGACGCAGUACUUGAAGAACGCCGGUUACGUAAAGUACGAUUUCUGGACAUCGGGCAACAAAUUGGGCACAGACAUGUUCCUGUGGAUGAGCACAGGCCUGCCCUUCAACGCCACCUUCGACUACAUGUUGAGGCGACCUGGCAACAGACCCGCCGACGUUCCACCCGGCACAGAGCCUCAACGAGUAGCGCGCGAAAGCGGCGACAGCGGCAGCGCCGACGGAUGCGUGGCAAUGGUGGCGCCCACGUUAGCCUGGGAAGCGCAGGACUGCACUCUGGUUAAGGACUUUAUCUGCGAGCAAACAAGAUGCUACUACUACAACUACGGCAGCAUUCCAGUCUCUGCGACUCAGGGAAAUCGCAGACCCUACAUAACAACCACCUUGGCGCCAGCCAGCGACGACCAGGUCAACGACCACGAGGAAACCAACGCCAACAAGAACGACGAGACACAGGACAACAGCGACAUCGACGAGAACGCAACACCGGAAGAGGAAAGUUCCGUCGAUGAAAAAUUACCUGAAGACCCGGUCGUCGGCAGGCUGAUCACCACGGCCGUUCCCGCAUCUGACAAGCGACAGCAGCAACCGAUAACGCCGUCGACGUCCUCGCCCGUCGUCACCGAGGACCACGAGGAGCCCACGAACGCUGAACUGGACAAAGCCAGGCCCGAUCAUCUCCCGGACAUCACGAGCCUUUUCACCGACAGCCCUCAGGCACCUCAGGCUAGGAGCGACAACGUGUUCGAAGGUUUGAAAACCCGGGAGAUCCAUCGAUCGUCCCUUCGAUCGUCCUCCGACAUGAAAGUCGAGCAUCGAGAAUCGGCCGAUUACUUCGAGACCCAGUCCGAGACCGAGUCCCCUAACAACGGGUUGGAAGAUGCUCACACGGUCGGGCCGUACGACAGCAUCCAGGACUAUUACGCGAACGACCAACCGGAGGCGGCCGAGUCGUCGAUGAUGAAGGAUCAGGAUGACGACAGUAGCACGAUCCUGCCAGAGGCGGAACCGGCCUACAGGUACAACAUUAAAGUACGCACCAACGGCAAAGUAUUAGAUCCUCCGUCCAAGUAACGCUUCAAAACCCUUUAGACAGCGUCGCGUUAUUCGUUGAUAAGUGAAGUAAGAGAGAUUCCCGAAGAACUAGAUAUGUAUUAGUACGUUAUCGCGUGUAUAUCGUGACAUCGCGCGAGGGACGCCACCGUCAGCGUAGCGCUGGUGUCGUUCGCGUCAAUCAUCGCUCGUCAUUCGUUCUGAUCCGAGGAAUUUAUCGGUAGUGCUCGUUGGAUUUUUUCCCCCGUGUUCGACCGUUGAGCUUUUCGGUCGGCAGGAGAACGAGAUCCCAAAGCCAUUGGAGAUGAUUCGAAAACGAUAGUGGGAGUCGUCGCGUUUUAAAUUAAAUUCGAAGAUAUCCUAAAAGACCAAAAGGUUACUCGUGAGAGAGCAAAAGAUAGAGAGAGAGAGAGAGAGAGAGAGAGAGAGAGAGAGAGAGAGAGAAAUUGUAAAUUUGUAGAGGGUCUCCUCCUGCCGACGAUCAUUCGACGAUAGUCGAACAUCGUUUUCGCAAGGGCAUUUACUCGACCAUUAAAUUCGAUCGACCUUAAUCGCACACCUGUGGCACUGGCGGACACGUUGCGUAUCCGCGUCGCGACCAAUUUUUUCUAUUUUUCGGUCGCCUUCUAUCGGUAUACGUAUCGUUAACUAUUAGCUAUUCACUCGUAGCUCGUAGAUAAUAACACGAACGUGAGAACUGGUCCGCGUGGGAUCUCAGGCAUUAAGGUAGAAACAGGAAGAAACGUACAGCGAACUAUUAUCGUUUGGUAAGGCUAACUGGAAUCAUUAUUGGUGUAGGGUUGGGGAGUCCGUCAGCGCCACUUCACAGGUAUCGGAGUAAUCAUCUUAGUUAACGUUAUUCGUACAUCUGCAAGACGAAACGUUUCACAGUCGAUCGACUCUCUCCCCGGUUCUCGAUGAUUUUGAUCCGAAUAUUGAACAGUAUCGUGCAACGAUUCGACCGAACGCUCUCGAUCGAACUUCUGUCAAUAUUUAAACAAGGUCCAAGAAUUGGAGCUCGAAGAAUGCCAAACGAGCUAUAUGUUAUCGAUUAACGAAGCAUGGAUCGUAACGUUUCUGUCAUCCAGAGGUACGACAAUCGGCACGCGUGUAGUUCGGUAUCGCGAAACAGUUCUCUAAUCGCUACGAUUAAGUCAUCGUCGCAUCGAUCUUUAAAUAUCCAUUGCGUAAACACACCGCGAAUGUGUAACUUGUGUAAUUGAAUAUUAAUAAAGGUACGAAUACACUCUCAAGACGCAGAAAUAAUUUCUCUCGUCCUUCGGGUGUCGUCGAUCCCAAAA